AUGGCUCCCACUCAUCGUCGAGGACCCUGGGUCCCAGAGGAAGAUCAGUUGCUCCUUCAACUGGUGCGCGAGCAAGGCCCCAACAACUGGGUUCGCAUCUCACAGCACAUGCACUAUCGGUCCCCCAAACAAUGCCGGGAGCGAUUCCACCAGAAUUUGAAGCCCUCACUGAACCGGGAGCCCAUCUCCGCUGAGGAAGGUCUGAUGAUCGAGCGCAUGGUCAACGAGAUGGGCAACCGGAGCGACAACGCAGUCAAGAACUGGUGGAACGGCAGCAUGAACCGGAAGAGAAGAGGCCUCUCGGUGUCGGCCGCCAGCCCCUCCCGCACUUUCCACGGCCGCGUGGAAGCACCCUAUCCGCGGGCAUCGAUGGCCCUCAGCAGCCCUCCCAGUCGAUCCGGCUACUCCAUCUCCCACGACAGACCCCUCACCUCGUGGACUGAUUCGCCCACUAUCGAGGCCCGACGAGACUCCUCCGCUGGUUGCUCUCGGCAGCUGAGCCCCAUCUUCACUCUUCCUACUCUCAACCGACCCGUUGAAACGCCCUUGACUUCCCCAACCUACUCAGACGCCUCCCGCGCCCCUUCUCUCGGCUCUCCCUCGAUGGUCUCGGAUCACAACUCGGUUUCCUCCGCCUCCCCACGAACCGUUGCCUCACCGCAGCUUCUGCCUCUCCUGGGCGACUUUCGCAGACAGAGCCAAGGGCUCGAGGACGUCUACGUGAACCAUCCCUACGCCCGCCUGAAGGUGCUCGAACCCUUUUCCGACGCUGCCUCAAAGCCACGCUGGAUUCCCGACCCUCAGCCCUGGAAUCAGCCAUCCACAUCGCUAUCGCAGAGCUGGACAACUUCAGAGCCUGUCAAGGCCGAGCCUCGUCGAGAUUCGCGGAUGGGCCUCGACAACUUGCUUAACUGA